AUGACGAGAUCCGUCCGUUCACACUCAUUAAAUCCUCAACGCUGCGCUCAAGGAAGUUAUGAGUUACUGCUACUUAUGCGUGUUCGUCAUGUGAUUAAAAUGGUUUUUCUAUUCGCAUGUAUCACCAUGUCUAACUUUUUUAUAAUAACAAGAUUCGCUUACUUUCUGGAAGAGAAAGCGAUGACAGGAAAUUACUUGACUGACGGUUUCAACUUAACAUUGUUGUUUGACGGAGAGCGGAGAUGGAAACAGAAUCAGUUAUUCAAAAAUCGUCAUGAUGUAGAAGUGGAAAUUCCAGCCAAAGCUCAAAUGACUCCCAAUUGCUCCACCCAACCAGUUCUGAACUCAAAACAUUCCUUUCUUGGAAACGGCAUUUAUGAGUUUUUUCCGCAUCUAGCCUCCACUAAAUUUUCGGAUUUGGAACCGAUUAUGCUCACUCCAACAGUUCUGAUUAGGAAGAAGCUAGUUGUAUGUAUUCCUGUAGUUCUGCGAAAAGUAAGUUACAUUGAACAAACACUCAAAUCUCUAUUCAACAAUUUGAGUGAUUCUGUAAGAGAUGAAGUACUAUUUGUUGUGAUGUUCGCCUUCCCCAACAUAACAACGUACUCUUUCAAGAAACUUUCAUCUUCGGUGAUCCACGCAUUUUUACCACAAAUCAAUGGAAACCUAUUAGAGGUAUCUGCCAUUUCUCCCAUAUGGUACGAAGAAGACAUGGAAUCGAUAAUACCUUCAUUCAAUGAUUCAAAAGAAAGAAUGUACUGGAGGACAAAACAGAAUUUAGAUUAUUUUUAUUUGAUGAGUUAUGGACGGCAGAAGGCAGACUACUAUUUGCACUUGGAGGACGAUAUCAUAGCUACGCCAAAAUAUAUGCGGACAAUCCUCAAUUACAUUAAGCUCAAGGAAGGAAGGCCAUGGUUCAGCAUGCACUUUUCAACACUUGGCUUCAUUGGCAAACUGUUCAGAAGCGAUGAUAUCAAAUACAUCACGCAUGCUGUAGCCUCCUACUACAAGCACAAACCUAUAGACUGGAUAUUUCUCGAUGUUGAAUACAACAUUGCAUGCUCUCCAGAGUACAAAAAAGACCAAUGUACUAAAGCAAUUCAACAAAGUCGAAUAAUGGUCUUUCCAAGCCAAUUUCAACAUAUUGGCAAGAUAUCAUCACUCCAUGGGAAAGAACAGAAAUUGAAAGAAAAAUUUUUUGAGAAAGCAGCAUUAAAGAUCAAACGAAGUAAUCCAGCUGCAAGAAUUGCGACCUCUAUGCCAACCUAUACUAGAUACACCGCACAAAGCGGCUAUGAGAGGUUCUCAUUCAUGUGGUUCACUAAGGUACUGCAAGGAAGCAACAUUGUCAUAGAAUUCGAAAAACCAACCAGAGUGACAGGCAUUCAGAUGAUUAGUGGCAUUAGUCCCGCGUCAUCUGAUACAUUUGCUCCCGACACAAGAAUGUAUGCACGGGAUCUCCACGACAAUGAAGUACUGCUAGGUAAUUUCUCCUCAUACGGUGAUUUGGUGAUUCGUGUGAAUGAUAUGACAUUAAGUGCACUGAUUCUAAAGGUACAUUCUAAUCAUUUACGAUGGGUAAUAGUGGGUCAUGUAGAAAUUGACGUUGAGAAGAGCUAA